AUGGCAGCACUAAACCGACUUCCAUAUGAGCUCCUCUCUAGCGUUAAUAGAUAUGCAGCGGACUGGGUUGGUCUCGAAAGCCUUUUACAAGUCUCCCCCCAGUUGGGAAAGCUUUUCGCAGGCGAGUCCGACAACGCGAACCCUGAAGCCAUUCGCCUUGUUGAAUCAAUUCUCAAGGAGAACUCUAUCAUGAGCCACGAACUACACCGCUAUUUCCGCAUGACCAUGGAACUGCGCCAACCUUCCUUAGCAGAUAGAAAUCUCGCCGAAUUUAUGGCUCGGGACCAUUCUCGUUCGCGUAUGGCCUCUUCUUCGAUAAAUCGCGCUACGUUGCAGGAAAUGGUGAAAGUCGCGGCCAACAUUCAGCGGCUAGCAUGCGCUUGUCUGACCACUCUGUUGACCCGGCUUCGGAAGGUUCAACCACGGCGCUGGGAGGGGGAAUUACAAGGCGCCCGCUUAUUCAAAGUGACGGGCACCGCGCCAUAUAAGCCACGUGAUGCCGGCCCUCCUUCCUGGAUUGAGGAGUAUCGGGUCUACCGCGCGCUAUGGCACGUGCUAUUAUGUUCCGACCUAUUGGUCGCUGCCGAUAGGCUAGAAUGGCCCCAAAGUGAUCUCGACCUUUUACGGUCCGACUAUAUCGGCUGGAAUCAAUUGCCUUAUAUAGCUACGGAGGAGAUCCGUUCCGUGAGGGAAUGUCUGGAUAAUCUAUUUGGAGCCGAUAUAGAUCAAACUACACAGCUCUUAGUCGAAUCGAAAAGCAGUGAUAAGGCCCUUGUUAUACAGGUACCAUAUGCCACUCAACUGCUGUGCAAAUUUGAUGUCUGGUCCCCUCCCCCCACUCCACCCAGAAUGUCCAUCACGAGAGACCUCUGGGGACAGGGAUAUAUGAUGACCGAAGAGAAUCCUAUGUUUGACCUUUGGCGCUCAUGGCAGAUUCGCAGCAAGACCCAUCCGGCUAGACAUCAGGUAUAUAGCCUCCAGGAUUCCCGUCUAUGGCGUGCAUUAGGUAUGCCGAUCUGGGAUCUCUGGCGUUUCUAUGGGCUAGGACUCUGGAAGGCUCAGUGGCCUAUGCGGCAGCAAGUACCUAUCUUGACUCCCAACGGAAUGGAGGUGUCGAUAGGUGCUGAUCCCCCUUUUCAUGGCGAGGACAUCGGUUAUCGCUUUUCGGUCUUUAUCGAGGCGCGCGUGCAAAUGGAACGUCAAGAGAAAAUGGAGCGGAUAGUAGAAGACACCCCAGCAAGAGAAUAG